UCUAAAUCCUAAUCCAAGUCUUGGUCUGCGGAUGCUGAAUAGUGAUUUUCAAAACGUUUACUAACGUUUUCAAUUAUUUACCAUAUUAAUAGAAUUUAUCAACAGACUGGAGUCCUUGACAGGAUUAUGAAUGCAUAGAGGAUGCAAAGAAAUGGACACCCUGAGGCAGCUAUGCCAGUGGUCUGCAUGCGCAGGCAGUAAACUGAAGACAUUUGAGCCGUGAAUUACUUGGCGUUUGGAAACACCACUGUCCAUCUCGGGAGAGCAGAAUAACUCCAGUAUCUCGUCAUUAGCUUGCUGGAAGCAGGAGGGCUAUGUUCCUGGGACUCUGUAGUUUUUCUCGCCUUGUGCUCUGGUUUGCGGCUUUCAGGAAACUGCUGGGACACCAUGGCCUUGCAUCCUACAAGUUCCUGUGGUGCUUGUGCCUCCUGGCUGUCAUGUCUCUUCCGCGGCAGGUGUGGACACUCCCCUACAAGAUAGGGGUGGUGGGCCCUUGGGCUUGUGAUUCACUGUUUUCAAAGGCCCUGCCUGAGGUUGCUGCGCGAUUAGCCAUUGAGCGAAUAAACCGGGACCCAUCUUUUGACCUGAGUUACUCUUUUGAAUAUGUGAUUCUCAAUGAAGACUGCCAGACUUCGAGGGCCUUCUCCAGUUUUAUUUCCCACCACCAGAUGGCCUCAGGAUUUAUUGGACCUACAAACCCUGGCUACUGCGAGGCAGCCUCGCUCCUGGGAAACAGCUGGGACAAAGGGAUUUUCUCUUGGUCUUGUGUGAAUUAUGAAUUAGACAAUAAAAAUAGCUACCCGACCUUUUCUCGGAUACUCCCUUCUCCCAUCCGGGUGCUUGUAACUGUCAUGAAAUAUUUCCAGUGGGCUCAUGCUGGAGUCAUUUCCUCAGAUGAAGAUAUUUGGGUGCAUACAGCCAAUCGAGUCGCAAGUGCUCUUCGGAGCCACGGCUUACCUGUAGGGGUCGUCCUGACCACAGGACAAGACAGCCAAAGCAUUCGGAAAGCUCUCCAGAGGAUUCACCAGGCAGACAGAAUUCGCAUAAUCAUCAUGUGUAUGCAUUCAGCUUUGAUUGGGGGAGAGACUCAGAUGCAUCUCUUGGAAUGCGCUCAUGAUCUGAAAAUGACUGAUGGAACCUACGUCUUUGUUCCCUAUGAUGCCCUGCUCUACAGUUUACCUUAUAAGCACACCCCCUACCAGGUCCUAAGGAACAACCCAAAGCUCCGAGAAGCCUAUGAUGCAGUGUUGACCAUUACAGUGGAGUCGCAAGAAAAAACCUUCUAUCAAGCCUUUACAGAGGCAGCAGUAAGAGGUGAAAUUCCUGAGAAGUUGGAGUUCGAUCAAGUUUCACCGUUGUUUGGAACCAUCUACAAUUCAAUUUACUUUAUCGCAAAAGCCAUGAAUAAUGCUAUGAAAGAAAAUGGACAGGCUGGUGCUGCCAGCCUGGUUCAGCAUUCCAGAAACAUGCAGUUCUAUGGAUUCAACCAGUUGAUAAGGACAGAUUCAAAUGGAAAUGGAAUUUCAGAAUAUGUAAUCCUGGACACCAACUGGAAAGAAUGGGAACUCCAUAGCACCUACACAGUGGACAUGGAAACGGAGCUGCUACGUUUCGGAGGGACCCCUAUUCACUUCCCUGGUGGCAGGCCCCCUAGAGCAGAUGCAAAAUGCUGGUUUGCAGAAGGGAAGAUCUGCCAUGGAGGCAUCGACCCUGCCUUUGCCAUGAUGGUCUGCCUUACUUUGCUUAUAGCCCUGCUGUCUAUUAAUGGAUUUGCUUACUUUAUAAGGCGUCGUAUAAAUAAAAUCCAGUUGAUCAAAGGACCCAACAGAAUUCUACUGACGUUGGAGGAUGUAAUGUUUAUCAAUCCCCACUUUGGCAGUAAGAGAGGAAGUCGUGCCAGUGUAAGCUUCCAGAUUACCUCAGAGGUCCAAAGUGGGAGGUCCCCAAGACUCUCCUUUUCUUCAGGGAGUCUAACUCCAGCUACCUAUGAAAACUCCAACAUAGCAAUUUAUGAGGGUGAUUGGGUGUGGCUGAAAAAGCUACCCCCUGGAGAUUUUGGAGACGUUAAGUCCAUCAAAUCAAGUGCAAGUGAUGUGUUCGAAAUGAUGAAGGACUUGCAUCAUGAGAAUAUUAACCCUUUACUGGGUUUCUUCUAUGAUUCGGGGAUGUUUGCCAUUGUGACAGAAUUCUGUUCCCGAGGGAGCCUAGAAGACAUACUGACAAAUCAAGAUGUGAAACUCGACUGGAUGUUUAAAUCAUCACUCCUGCUGGAUCUCAUCAAGGGCAUGAAGUACUUACACCACAGAGAGUUUGUUCACGGGAGGCUAAAGUCUCGAAACUGUGUGGUAGAUGGGCGUUUUGUGCUAAAAGUGACAGAUUAUGGCUUUAAUGACAUCUUAGAAAUGCUGAGACUCUCUGAAGAGGAAUCUUCUGUGGAAGAGUUGCUGUGGACUGCCCCUGAACUGUUGAGAGUCCCAAGAGGCAGCAGGUUAGGUUCUUUUGCAGGAGAUGUCUAUAGCUUUGCCAUCAUCAUGCAAGAAGUGAUGGUCCGGGGUACCCCAUUCUGCAUGAUGGAUUUGCCUGCUCAAGAAAUCAUAAACAGACUUAAGAAGCCUCCUCCUGUGUACAGACCAGUAGUUCCUCCUGAGCAUGCCCCUCCAGAAUGUCUCCAGCUGAUGAAGCAGUGCUGGGCUGAGGCUGCAGAACAACGACCAACUUUUGAUGAAAUAUUUAACCAGUUUAAAACUUUUAAUAAAGGGAAGAAGACCAAUAUCAUUGAUUCUAUGCUUCGGAUGUUGGAGCAAUAUUCUAGCAACUUGGAAGAUUUGAUUCGGGAGCGGACUGAAGAGCUAGAAAUUGAAAAACAGAAAACGGAAAAGCUUCUGACACAGAUGCUACCACCAUCAGUUGCUGAAUCUCUCAAAAAGGGCUGCACAGUUGAACCUGAGAGCUUUGAUCUGGUCACCUUGUACUUCAGCGACAUUGUGGGCUUCACAACCAUUUCAGCCAUGAGUGAACCCAUUGAGGUGGUGGAUCUUCUGAAUGACCUGUACACACUCUUUGAUGCAAUAAUUGGCAGUCAUGAUGUCUACAAGGUAGAGACCAUUGGAGAUGCUUACAUGGUGGCUUCAGGCCUCCCAAAGAGGAAUGGCAGUAGGCAUGCAGCUGAGAUUGCAAACAUGUCCUUAGAUAUCCUGAGCUCUGUGGGCACUUUCAAGAUGCGGCACAUGCCAGAGGUGCCAGUCCGAAUUCGAAUUGGCCUGCACUCAGGGCCGGUUGUUGCUGGAGUGGUGGGCCUCACCAUGCCCAGAUAUUGCUUGUUUGGAGACACUGUGAACACAGCUUCUCGGAUGGAAUCAACAGGCUUACCUUAUCGCAUUCAUGUCAGUCUCAGCACUGUUACAAUUCUUCGAAAUCUGAGUGAGGGCUAUGAUAUGGAGCUUCGAGGAAGAACAGAGCUCAAGGGCAAAGGCACAGAGGAGACAUUCUGGCUGAUUGGGAAAAAAGGCUUCACAAAGCCGCUUCCUGUGCCCCCACCAGUGGGCAAAGUUGGGUUGGGCCAUGGCCUGCAACCAGUGGAGAUUGUAGCCUUCCAAAGAAGAAAAGCAGAAAGGCAGUUGGUGAGAAACAAGCCAUAAGGAGCAAAGGGCUCCAAGAUUUGAAUCUUCUCUUGGUGAGGCAAUGGAAAAGCUCACUCCAGUUCAACAAAUUGUUCUACCUGGGCAAGAAAUUAUAAUUGAGAAUGACUACACCUCUGAGGACGACCUAAUUCUGGUGUGAGCAGGACGCUGGGAAGUAACUUUCAAAGUUUUGCUCAAUACCCAGCUAUCACCAGCGAGGCCAUAUGAAUGUAAACUGCAAUAGAUGUGAGCCUGAAGGAAGAGUAGAGAGCCACCUCCAAGUUUAACCAUUCCAAAAUAGCAAGUCCAACUUGGAUUAAGAGGAGAAGCUCUCUAUUUUCAAGAAAAAAAUUUGGAGGCACAAUGUUUUCCUUUUCAUUUCGUUUGUAUCUCUAGAAAGUAUUUAAUGAACAUAAUUUAUAACUCAGAUACCAUGAGAUUACUGCCAGGAAAAAAAAUCUUCCAACAAAGUUACAUCUGAAUCCCAGUCUACUGUGACCUCAAUUGGCUGGAAUGCAUAAGGAAGAAGGAAGGAGAAGAGUCUGGUUAAUUGUGUUGUUUAGAUAACUGAAGGCUAAGAAUUUUCUUUGUUUUCUUACUGCGAAUUUUUCAAAAUCUUUCCAAAACUGUCAUGGUCUCUUUUCCUAAGUUAGGCAACAUAAUUGGAUUGUCCUUGCUAGAUGAGUAUUUCACUGGGACUCACGGUAGUAUUCUGAAGACGACAGAAUAAAUGUAAGUGAUAUUGUCUGGGCGAAAUACAUAAAAAUCAUAGAAUUGAGUGAUUCCCUUAAAGUUUUGUACUUUCCCUUCUUUUUCCUGCCCACCCUGACUUUCAACCCUCUACCCCUUCUAAAAUAAGUUCCUUUGAACAUUUGUUUUUACUUUACGCUUUUAGUUUUCCAGAUUCCACUUUCAAGGGGUUAUUGGGAGUGGCUUGCCACAGUCACGUGACCAAAGCAAUAAGGCUUAAGUCACAGGCAUGUUUAAAAUAGUUAAGCAAGCUUUUCCUCUUGUUUAUUAUAUUAAAAAAACCUCUUUAUUAAAACAGCUGAACCCAAACAUAUCAGCCAGUAAAGCAGUUAAUUCUUUAUAGCAAAACUUUUUAAAAGAAAUACAUGCCUAAGGUAUAAUUUGAUACCUUUCUCACGAAUAUUUAAUUUUUCCACUAUCAGCUCACCCUGAAUCUGAGCUUACAGUCAAAAACUCUUCUCAGCAGUUUUCCUUCAACCUUCAGUCAAAGCCCCUUGGAAUACUCAUCUUUUAACGGAAUCCAACUUCUCCCAGCCUCAGGUGGUCUAUUUACUAUGCCAAAGCUGUUCAAGAGGAUGCAGAAAAGGUUUAAGUUUCCUUUCAACUUCCUUGAGCUGAGUUUCUAAUUCCUUUUUCCAGACAUGUCAGAGAAGAAGAUAUAAAAUAUCAUACUCUAUUUUUAUCAAGGUCUCAGUCAAAAGCUGAGCUUUUAAGACCUAACUUCUAGAGAGAGGCAAGACCCUAAGGGAGGUUUCAAAGAAAUAGGCCUUCAGUUCUUCCAGAGAUGAUAACACUGUCCUGCAGUAUACAUAUGGAAGGAGAGUUAAAGGAAAGGGAGUGGGAGUGGGGCUACAGCUCCAGAGCCUCCAUGAAUUUGUAUUCUCCCAAACACAGCUCAGUUCAGCACCCUAGGAGCUAUAGCUCCACGGUGGGCCUGAAAAAUGAACACUGCCUAGCCAAAAUCUUUUAUUAAGCAACAAAACCCACUGAGAAUGAUUCCUAACUCUGUAUCUGAUCUUAUCCCCUAUUUCCCUCUCUAGUAUUUAUCUAGUCCAGCAUGCCAACCAAGUUUAUCUUGUCUAGCCUACUAAUUCUGUCUUGUUCAUGAUCACAUCUUCCUAUGCUUGAUUUUAUCAUGAGGCCCUUUGUAAAACCAUUCCAUCCAUCUUUAGAUUCUUUUUCAUUAAGGCCUUCGGCAUUGACCAAAACUAAAUUUUCUUCAAUUUUUCUUAGUGCUUUAAUUAUUUGGUCAGAAGAAAAACCAUUCCCUACUCUCAUGUACUAUUUGAUGUUUUUAGUGAGGUACAGCCUGAUUCUCACAUACAACUGAUUAUUUCUCUGUAUGCCUGUUGCUACUAGCACACUGGCUUGGGUUGGUCAUUAAGACAGAGCAAAAAUUUUUUCACAGUUGUUUUCCUAGUUAUCCUAUAUUCCUUGUAUAAAAUAAAAUAUUUAGAAAACAAUUUAAAUAAAGUUUUCAAACAAAUUUAAAUUUGUCUUAUCACAUUCUUCAUAUUUGCUUGCUUUCUUGUGAUUUAUCUUUUAAAAAUAGAUUAUUUGAAAAAGAAAAGUGUGAAUGAACUGCAAGUUAGGUUUUGCUUACUUGAGGUUUUACUCUACUUUACAACAUAACUUAACAAAAUGCUCAUCCCAAGGGGAAUUACAUAAGUCAUUUUCUUUAGAGUAUCAUAUCUCUUCCCCCUUACAGGCCUCAACAGCAAUAUAUGUUCAUUGUAGAAAAUUUUAAAAAACACAGAAAGGCACACAGGAAGUUAAGAUUAUUCAAAAUUCCUUUAGCUAUUUUAUUCUAUCUUGCCUAUUUGGCUUCACUUCAUAGAGUAUUGCAUGUUAUUAUAGCAUCUACCCAGCCAAAGAAUAUCUGAACUCAGCUUGUUUUCAAAUUAACCCACUUUGCUUUUAUUUUAUUGUUGGCGAUACUGUUCGUAUUUUUGAUGGUAGCGGGUGAGUCUGUUUACAUUUUGGGCAGCUUUCAGUGAUCCAGUUGUUCUUUCUUGCACUUGGCAUAGUAAAAAGAAGGAUAGCAGAUGGUUAUCUACUUCACCAGAGGGCCAUAACUUUGCCAACUACGUAAAACUACUCAAACAAGAAGUAUUGUUGCAAGGAAUUUCAUUUUUCCUACCUUGUCUUAGACAUAGUAUAAACAACUUUAUUACCAAACUACUCAUUUAAUCACAUUCUUGUCCUUAAUCCAACUAGAAUCAACCUGCAAGGAUUAGGAGGUGGCAAACAGCCAAACAGUAAUACUUCACGCACUGGGGGUCACGUCGAUGUGACAUCAAAUAAUUGAUUGUAACUUAAACACUCAAUUGAAUCAAGGAAGCAUUAAUUAGCCAAAAGGCCACAGGGGAUUGAUCAUUUUACUUUAACCUAUUCUCCAGCCAAAGCUGGUGGACCUAAUCAAUGCAUUUCCCAUCUGACUGGUUAAUUAUAACCCAUUAAAAUAGUGGAAUCUGUGCAAUAAAAUUCUCUUUCACCUCUUCUGUGGUCCAUGCCUUCUUCUCAGGUCAAAAUAAUUGAUGAGUAGACCAUAGACAUGUACACAAGUUUCCUUUUACAAGACAUUUCAUGUCUGUUAUUUGUGUGUUUUUGUGGUUCUCCUGGAGUGGUUUGUGAAACCCCUGCAAUCUUACUUAUUUUAUAGUUUGGUUUGCUGUAGGCCAAGCAAUAAUGAAUCACUUUCAAAGAGAGAAGCAGAAGUGACCAUUAAUCUACACAUUAACUUUGGCUCACUACAAAUUAGAGUGGCUCUAGAUGCCACUACGAUUUUUCAAAAGUGAUUAAUUCCAACCAAAUGAAUAUACACAUAGAAUCAUAUAGCUGGCAGGGCCUUUGGAAACUAUCAACCCUGUUAUAGUAUGGAAGAGAGUAUGAAGAUUCUGAGAGGAGAAGUUAUCCUUUUAAAGUUACCAUCUAGUUAAUAUAUAAGAAAUUGUUUUACCAAGUCAAAAAUAGAUCUGAAUUAUUAAGGAAAACCUCUGACCCUUAGGAAUACUUCUUAGACAUUCUGGAGGUAAGAUCCCUAACUGUGUAUGUACAAGUGUGGGCUUGGCAGGAAUACUCUGGUUUGGGGUGUUUUGAGCUAGGUGACUUCUGACAUCACAAUCCAGAAAGAAAUAGAGUACAGAAAGAAGACAGCAGAUUCCUUAUCACUAAAUCAGCUUUACCAUGCAGACAGGAUCUCAUCCAUAGCCAUAUAUGCCCCUAUCUAAAGUGAUCUGACCCAAGUGGAUGGAGAAUAAACCUCUAAUUCUGCCUGGCUCUAUGGAUUCAUUUGUAGCUUUUAGCACAGAACAAAGUCCUAUGGAACAAAGGCUUAGAAAUACAUGAGGAGAUGCCUGACUUUGGAGGACACCAAAAAUAUAUUCAAUGUGUGCAGUAUCCAAAUGGUAGCUCCUAUAUAUAGUGAGGGAAGUCAGGGGAGAACUAAACAUGCGAACUUUAAAGCAAGAUGAGAACUGAAUCUAAGUACUACUUGUUGACACCACCUUUCUCUUCCAGAGCCAGGAGAUUUCCUGAGUUGUGGGCACUGUUGUGUAUCCACUGCAUAUAGACUAGCCAAAGAAGGACUUUACUUCACGGGUGAUUGAGCUCAUCAUGGGAAAUAGACAUAGGUGAACUUCUCAUGACCAUGGCCUCCUGGAAUAAGAGAUCAUAGGAACAGCAAUUGUUCAAGUAGCAUUGGUAAUAUGAAUGAGCCCUCUUGGGGAUUAGCUGAUGGAGCUAGUUUGGAUUUGCUGUAGUCCAAGCAAUAAUGAAUGUCUUUCAAAAAGACACUGGAGGUAGAGGUGACCAUUAAUCUAUAUACUCACUUUGGCUCACUAUUAGUGGCAGUGUUUUAACUUCAUUGGGUCAUCCUUGAUGUGGUUUAAAAAUAAGUCCAGCUUGUUUUGUGGGGCAUCCCUUGGUUGAGGAGGAAUAUAGGGUCAGAUUAAUGUUUUCUGGGUAGUUGUGAGACUGCAGAACCUGCCUCAUUGGUCAGAUUUGGGUUGACUUAGUCAGUGACCCCACAUGACAAACAUUAAUACAAAAUAUCCCCACUUAUGCCUAUAAUUUGAAAGUACAACACUAUUUUAAUGAUUUUUAGUGGCAGUAUUCCAGAAGUAUAUUGUAAGAUGAUUACGUUACUUCAGAGAACUAAUUCUUUUUCUUCUGUGUGUGUAUCUUUUCUGUGUUUAACUGUAUUUUUCUGGGAUCACAGUUCACCUCUUGUAAUUUUCCUGCUCCAGAUACUUCAAUGUUCCUCUAGUUUUGUAAAUUCCUUAGUUGGUUUCCAACCUAGCUUUCUCUACCCUUCUUCUUGCAGUUUAUUUUCUCGUCAAAAUCUAUUAUUAGCUCUUUUCCUUGACCUUUUCUGAUUCCAUGCCAUUAUUUAUGCUGUUUCUUCUACCUAAAAUUCCUUCUCUGUCUCCUACCACCACAUGUACAAAUUCUACUCAUUCUUAAAAGUCUAGUCAAAUAUCCCUUCCCACCAAAAGUCUUCCUUGUUCACUAUAAUUAUGUCUCCAUUUCGGAAUUCCUACCUAUACUUCUUUAAUGGUUAUGUAACAUUAACUUAUUUUACAGUUGUUUGUAUACUUGUCUUCUUGUCCUAACUAUAUUUAACCUAGAUUUUCAAAAAUGUUACAAGCUUCUUGAAGGCAGGA